AUGGAUCAAGGAUGUGAAUUAUUAUUAGAAUUUCGAACCUGCACAGAAACGCUUAAUAUUAGUGCAUGUACACUACCAAAAUCAAUUGAACUCUGGAAUAGUAUCGAAUUGUACACCUGUCAAUUACUGAUGCCAUCGGUUAAAGAAUAUAAAAAAUGUUUUUUAAAUAUUCGAAAUCAACAGUGUGCAAUUGACAAUAAUAUAAACCUUCAAGGAUCACCGAUCUGUCAAAUUUUGGCAUCAAUCAGAUCUGAUUUAAGUUGCAUUCAAAGAAAUAAUCAGAAUGACUGCACAACAAAUGCUUUGGAAAUAAUUGAACCGCUUGAAAGUGAAACGGAUCAUUUGUACACGCAAUUAGCGUGCUCUUAUAUUACCGCCAUUACCGCUUCUACCGUUUCGUCUACCUUUUCUAAAUUUACAGAUGAAAGCAGCAAGUUAAAAGUUAAUGGCUCACCAUAUGACAUACUGCAUAUGUUCACCAAAGUUAAUACAAUCUGUUCACAAAUUAUCAGUGAAGCGAAAUGGGAACCAAUUUAUCGUAUAGUUUGUGAACAUCGAGAAAAAUUAAUCGAACAGAGGGAAUGCUUUAUUAAUGCUUCGUUAGGCUUAGCACAGUGUGAUCAAAAGCCAAAGAACGAAACAAUCUGCAAUGCAUUGGAACAAUUUAGUAAUAACAUCGAUUGUGCGCUACGUGUAAUGCUUGACGUAUGCACAAUUGAGGCGCAAAAUGUUGCUGUAUUAGUGCAAGAUGCAUUGAGUGAUGAUUUAAUUGUGCAUCACUGUUAUGCAGAAGCAAUUAUGGAUGAUAAAUCAAUGAGUAAUGAUGAAUUCAAAUUAAAUCCAAAGAAUGUACGAUGUAGUUCAGAACAGGAAAAUUUGGCUCUAGCAUGUUUGGUGGAACUUGUUGAAGUUAAUCGAAAAAUAGCUGAAUUAAAUAGUCUCAACUUUUUGCAUGAAAUUAGUCAACAAAAUUCAACAAUCAUUUCUGGAAUUUGUAAUUUGUACAACAAAUAUGAUAAUUGUAUUAGUAAUACGGUAUUUGUUCAUUCCAAUGGAAAAAGAUGUGCAUUUAAUUCACCAUUAAAUACUCUUGCGAGGAUUGGAUUAGCACCUAUUUGCAGUAAACGUACACGUACGUUAUUACAUAGCAGCAACGAGUGCAUUCAAAAGAUUAAAAAUCGUACCGGAAUAUGUCAAUCCGGAUUGAAUAGUCUUGGCUUAGCAAUCCAUAAUAUGUUACAAGGAAUUCAUGGUGAAGCAUAUCUUUGCAAUUCAUAUUAUCUUAUUCGGGAUGCAUACCAGUGCGGUGAGAAAAUUUUCAUCGAAUUCUGUUCAGCAGAAGCUAUCCAAAAUUUGCAACAACUAUGGCGAUUGGUGAUGGAAUUAGGAGUCGAAGAAGGUUGUCCCAAAGAACGUCCAAGUAAUUUGGAUGAAAUUAUCGCACGACCAAUAAUUGCGACACCAAUCGCUAAUCCAAUGAUAAGCUCUUUUUUUUAUUCAUUCAUUUCUUUAAAGAAAACUCUUUCCUUCAAAGAAGAGAUAAUUUGA